AUGGGCUGGUUCGAUAACGACUCCGGAGAGGCUCAGGCCUACGACCAAUACCACAGCGCCAACCCCAAGGAGCACGAUCCCUCCAUAAUCCACGAGCUGAUCGCCGGUGCCGCCAGCUUCGAAGCCGCCAAGGCUUACGAGGACCACGUUGCUCAGAACGGCCAGCCCCCCAGCCACGCCAAGGCCAAGGAGCUCCUCGCCGGUUUCGCCGGUGCCUUCAUCGACCGCGAGGUUGAGACCAGGGGUCUUGACUUCGUCGACGCCGAGAGGGCCAAGCACGAAGCCAAAGAGCGCUCCCACCGGGCUUACGAGGACCGAUAUGAGAACUAG